GACGCGGAGGAGGCGGACGUGCGGGUGCUGGACUCUGCAGCACUUCGGGAGCUCGUCUCUCUCGUCUUUGCAGUGAAUGGCGGUGGGAUGGAGCGCGAGGGGAGCGGCGGCAGCGAAGGGUCAGCUGGGCUCCUGCAGCAAAUCCUCAGCCUGAAGGUCGUGCCGCGGGUGGGCAACGGGACCCUGUGCCCCAACUCCACUUCUCUCUGCUCCUUCCCAGAGAUGUGGUAUGGUGUAUUCCUGUGGGCACUGGUGUCUUCUCUUUUCUUUCACGUCCCUGCUGGAUUACUGGCCCUCUUCACCCUCAGACAUCAUAAAUAUGGUAGGUUCAUGUCUGUAAGCAUCCUGUUGAUGGGCAUCGUGGGACCAAUUACUGCUGGAAUCUUGACAAGUGCAGCAAUUGCUGGAGUUUACCGAGCAGCAGGGAAGGAAAUGAUACCAUUUGAAGCCCUCACCUUAGGCACUGGACAGACAUUUUGUGUAGUAGUGGUCUCCUUUUUACGAGUUUUAGCUACUCUAUAGCAUACCCUUCUGCUGAGAUGAACCUAUGUUUUAUAGAAUCCUCAAAAAGAAUCCAUUAUGGAGUGUGGUAUUUUCCUUGUUCUUCAAAUGGAGUCAACGUGGUGAACAGGAACGUGAAGGACGUCUCAGCCCCUUCCUUAGUUUGAAGCUCCUGGAAUUGAAGAUGUUUGUGAACUCAGCAUUCUCAACCAAAACAAAACAAGUUUCUUGGAUUUCUUUUUUGUAGAUCUUUAAGCAGUUUUACACUUGCACCUUUACUCAAGUCAGGGCAGCAAUGCCUCUGGGUUGGCAUCCCUUGCACUGAAAUUAACAGUAUUCUGUGAGGUAAGGCCUUGUUGCUUAUAGCAGAGAAACUAUGGAAGAUACUGGUUUAUUUCAAAUGAGUAGAGUAUGUACUAAAAUCUUAAAUUGAUCUAAUCUUGAUUAAAAUUUGGCAGACUUUUUUUUUUUUGGCUACAUCUUCAUGACAUUAAGUGCCAAGUAGGUUUUGAUUAAGUAUAGCUUUGAAAACAUAUUUGGUGAAAUAAAACAAGAAAAAAUAUUGAAGUAUAACUCAAGUAAUGGCUUUGAUUUCCACUGAUUAAAGAAAAGUAGGUAACACUGAAUAAUGUGACAUUUUCUGUAUAACUAUCUUGACCUCUCAUUAUCUGAUAUAUUUUAAGAAAUGUGAAUUUGUUAUUUUGUACAUUUUAUCAAAAUAAGCUAGCUGAGACUUUAAACAAGUUUUUUGUUUUUGUUUUUUUAUAGUUGGGAUUUUACUACAUUGCUCAGGCUGGUCUCAACCUCCUGGCCUCAAAUGAUCUUUCCACUUUGGCCUCCCAAAGUGUUGAGACUGCAGACAUGCACCACUGUUCUCAACCAAGAUUUUUAAAAGAAUUUCUGUACCACUUUUUCUUUUCACUUUUAAUUCUGUUAAUUUUAUUUAGUUAAAUUGGAAUUAUACAUGGAUGCCCUAUUAAAUAGCUUGAGUUAGACACUGUAAGCCAGAUUGGUUAGGGUAAUCUUCGGACAUUGAGGCACAAAUAUUAGUUCUUACUUUGAACAUUCUCUUAUAAUUUUCCUAGUGACUUGGGUUUAUUAAUGACCUUUGAAAAACUGUAGAAAUGCUUCUGAAACUAGAGUAGUGGUAAUUGGUUUCUUAGUCUUAAUGUGUUUACUUAGUGGUAACUAGCCCACUUGUAUAGUAUUGGGUAUCAACUCCCAGGAAGUGCCUAAAGUUUAAUUUUCAGAUAUGCCCCUAUCUUCCCCCUUGUGUUUUUAUUAAAAAGAAUUUAUAUCCUUAAAAAGAAUUAAAUACCAAGAACUUUUAAAAUUCUGUUUUAGCUAUUUUAAUUUUUAUUCUUUUGCCUUUCAUUUUCAUUAAAAGGCCUGAAAACUGUGACAUUCAAAAGGGAAAGAAUUACAAAAAUUAAAUCUCUAACUUGAUUCUCACCACCUCAACUGUUUUAUAUGGAAUACAAUCAUUGUGGUUGUUAUUUCUGUUAUCUGUUUUCAAAAUAGUUACUGGUAAUUAAAUCUGACAUUUUAAAGGAAGGUUUUUAUUGUGAGAUUAAGGCUAAUACCUCGUGAAGUCAUAUGGACAUGAAUAUAUCUGUUCCUUUAAAAGCAAAAUGCACUGUGGCUUCUGAUUAAAAAUUAUCAAGAGGACUAAUUUUCCAGGGAAAGUCAUAGAGAAAAAAUUACAAAGGUAUCGAAAAUUAAUAGGACAAUUUCUUUUGACUGAUUAGCCCACUUAUAAAAAUCAUGAUAACAUACUCAGGCUGGGUGGGAAAUUAUAAGUAAAGCUGGAAUGCAGCCAAAUGUCCUUACUAAUUCCCCCAAAAGAAGUUCAAAUACUUCUUCUAAGCAAAUUUUUAAAAAUCCCUUUUUUUUUUUAAUUUUUGAGAUAGGGUCUCACUAUAUUGCCCAAACUGGUCUUGAACUCCUGGCCUUAAAUGAUCCCCUCAACUCAAGUCUCCUAAGUAGCUGGGACUACUGUCACAAGCCACGGGGCCCAGCAUUUUCUAAGUAAAUUAUUAAAGAUUGUAGUUUUCAGUUCAAAAAGCUACAGUUUUGAAAAGUUUGUCUUCAGUUUAAGAAAUCUGGGCAAAUUGUAUUUUUUAUUCUGGGAAAUGAUUUUGAUCAUUUCUUUUGAAGUUUGCCUCUAAUUAGAGUUCUUUUGGAUAUAAUUUCACAAACUGAAUGUAGACCAGUAGUUGGUAGAUCCUUCCCCUUGAAUAGUAAUUUUUGAACAUACUGAUCCCUGAUCUAAAUAUUAGGUUAUUUUUCUUUAGAGCCAAGACAUAAAAUUAAGGCAUUUUGGAAGGUGCCCUUUUCCCCCAUCUGUUUCUUAUUUGAUUUAUUUUGAUUAUCUAUUCUUUUUAAAAACUUCAAAAAAAACUUUAUAAAUUAUUGAACGUUUCAUCCAUCCCAGUAUGUGACGCAUUCUCCUGUGAAUAAAUGUAUAUAAACUUUAUGUAGA